AUUAAAUUACAGACUCAAUGUUGACCUCAAACAUAAGCCAUGGAAAAGCAAAUAUGGUACUUGCGGUGUAUUUUUGCAGUAUUCAUUUGCAGUUUCCUUAAGUCUUAAGAUGUGUGCAUUGACAAGUUUUGAAAAGGAAUAAUGAAGUGGUUGAGCAAAAUAGUUUAGAGAUUGUCAGGCAAUAGGCAAAGAGAAGAUAAGAUACAGGUGCAGUUGUAGAAGAGUCCAUGGUUGGUGAGCUGGGUGCAGAUGAGCCAUCAGGGAGCCCUGAAGAAGAAAUAAACCUAGGUCGACCCGAUACACGACUUUUAAUAUGAAUAUACACCAUGUGUCAUUUCGCUUGUGUGUCUGGUCUCCAGGGGCUACCGUACAGAGUCACCCGGAAGUAAACUCUACUGUAAACUGGAAGUUCUUUCAUUUUAUCUGAAGAACGAGAAUUGUCUGUGUGUUUUCCCAUGGUGACUGUGUAUGAUCCUGGACUGCAGCCAGUAAACAUUCAUAUUUUUGGCCUGGAUACAAUCGUACCUCAUUUAUAUUCACCAUAAAGACGUAAAGUAUACCGACUGUGUUAUCGACCAAAGCUGACCGUGUUUUACUGUGUUUGCCUCCUCGUCGUCUCCCCGUUUCCCAUCGGCCUUCAGAACUUUGUUUGUGACCAUCGCGUGGAAUACUUAGAGGACACCAGAUUGAGCAGUGAACGUUGGAAGGAGAAGCAGGGGUUGGAGGAUCCCUCAUCAUCAGGCCUGAGAUGACAUCCCAACAACCUCAGCUCCCCAAUGCUGUUACUCCUCCUCCACUUGCUCAGAACUCCCCUGCUCAGCAGGCACGAUCUCAUCUCCCAGCCAGCCAGCUGUCCUCGGGUCAGAACAGUGCAAAUGCUGGACCUUUGGAACACAGAAGUCCAACAGUGAGGCCAGGCUCGAGCACGUCAAUGGCCAGUGGGGAGAUGGACAACAGAAAAGUUUCAGCCUCUGGCUCCAAACCCAGCAUGUCCAGAGGGGACAGUGGUUUUGAACCAUGGCCUGAGGAAGCUGUGGACAACUCUCAUGGACUGUACUCUCUCCACCGUAUGUUUGACAUAGUUGGAGCUCAGCUUACACACAGAGAUGUCAGAGUUUUGUCAUUCCUCUUUGUGGAUGUCAUUGAUGAGUAUGAGCGAGGUGGCAUCAGGAGUGGAAGGGAUUUCCUUCUUGCUCUCGAGCGUCAGGGACGCUGUGAUGAGACCAACUUCCGGCACAUUCUUCAGCUUCUGAGGAUUAUCACUCGCCACGACCUUUUGCCUUACGUCACACUCAGGAAACGACAAGCUGUGUGUCCUGAUCCUGUUGACAAGUACCUGGAGGAGACGUCGGUGCGAUACAUUUCACCAAGAGGGACAGGGCAGAACAACAAUACCAAUAAUCACAGAAGAACAGGUCCUCAGCCAGUCAUUUGCUGUUCUCCAUCAGCUGCCAAUGUUGGUCCUUCCCGGACAAAACCGUCUCCUCCUGCCCCGAACCGCAAACGAAAGAGAAGUCACUCUUCUGCUGACUGCAGAGAGAAGCAAACCUGUGAUAUUCGUUUGAGGGUUCGAGCUGAAUACUGCCAGCACGAGUCUGCGCUUCAGGGAAACGUGUUCUCCAACAAACAAGAGGCUGUUGAGCGACAGUUUGAACGCUUCAACCAGGCCAACACUAUCCUCAAAUCCAGAGACCUGGGCUCCAUCAUCUGUGACAUCAAGUUCUCGGAGCUCACCUAUUUGGAUGCCUUCUGGAGAGACUACAUCAACGGGUCGUUGCUAGAAGCCCUUAAAGGAGUCUUCAUCACAGAUUCCCUAAAACAAGCUGUUGGCCACGAGGCCAUAAAACUGUUGGUCAACGUGGACGAGGAGGACUACCAGGCUGGUCGACGCAAACUGCUCUGUAACUUAGUCGCGGGCGGAGGAAGCCUACCAGGAGGAAACAAAGACUCGCUUUCUUAAACAAACUUUGGUGGGGGGGGCGCGGAGGGGGAUUCUAUAUAAAGGAGAGCUACUGUUCCCCAGGUACAGAGGAAUAAGUUGGACGUGAUUUGAGGUGCCUGAAGUGUACGUCUGGGAGACUUCCAGUCACCUCAUUGAUUCAUUCAGAGCUGAGUUUAUAGGACUUCGCCUCAGCAACGAUAAGCGUAGCAUGCAAAGCGAUUGAACCAAGCAAAAAGAAUAAGGCAGUGCGUACUGGUCGGCCAUACUGUGACUCCUCGUUCUUUACUUCCUUUGAGGAGAAGAAGUGUCGAUCUCAAACGUUGACCAGUUCAUUUCUGGGUUCUGGUAUGCUAGCUCAUCCAAACAUAUUUGUUAACACUUCACUCUUGUUCCAAAGUGUGAGUGGGUUCUUUUCAAUCCAGAAAACAUGCUUAAACGCUGAUGAGUUUCUCCCAGUGGGAGAUGAUUUAUUGUCAAACGUGGUUUGGUCUUUUUUCCAGGUUUUUUCAGGUACAGUACCGAUUGCUCGGAUUAAACGCGGUGAGAGAGACUGUUCUGUAUGUUAUAUAAAGGUGCAGAUCACAGUUGACUUAACACAUCGUCUGUCUCUUUGUGUCAGUUUUCAGCCCAACUUUCUUUUUUGUAAAGAUAGACCCCGUCAGAGCCUUUUUAUGGCUCGUAUUUGAUCACUGUUGACAUUUCUCCGUGUUGUUCUUUCAUUUAGCAACUGCCACAUGUCUUGUCACCAACAGCUGUUCUUGUGGCCCCAUUUGAUGUUUCAGUUAUCCAAUCACUGCCACUUCUUAUCACUAGAUAUCCACCCAUUGAAACACGAAGUCUGUCAAAUGGAGUUUUGAAUGCGUUUGUUUAUUUAUUCACUCCUGGAACACUCCUAACAAACCUGUCAUUUUUGUCACCAACAGAUACAUGGAACGUCUCACUUCAGCAGCACAGUAUGUCUUUACUAAAUGUAAAAAAAAAAAAAAAGUGUAUGUGUUUCUGCUCUUAUAGGUUCUUCCAAGCCCUUUAGUCAGAAUUUAAGUGGAACGAUUUGGAUAAAUCCUGCUUUGGUUAUAGGUCCUUACAGCAAACCAGUCUAAGCAUCAUUAUAGAACCAAAGUUCCUAAUCAUCAAUGGCAGGUACUGACGGACGCACACGUUCCUCACGGAGCUCUCCUUUGAAUUUGUCUCUGGUAAAACAUGUGACCCAUCUCACUGCAGUCCAUUCCCAUGUUCUAAAUGUUGCUAAAUAGGUUCUCCUAGCAGGGUAACCUCACAGAGCCUCUGCACAACAACACCACAAACUUCACUUCACCUCAGAGUGCAGCAGCUGGUUUUACAACUGAAAUGACCAUGUUUCUGUAGACGCUUAGCAUUUUUUUAUUUGCAAAUAAAUAAUUAAAUUUAAUGUAAAUCAAAAGCUGUGAAGUCUAAGUAUGACAGUGGUGGACGGAUAAUGACGACAAUAAUAAUGUAAAUUUUUAAAUUCCCCAAAGUGUGUUUUUAAAAUGAGGGGAAAAAAAAGAGUUGGGUACAUUGAGUGGUCGAUACUGGUUGUAAGUACAUUUGUUUGGAAAUGUUCAGCAUUUAAAAUAUCAACAUGCUACUAUGUGACAAAACUGAUUUAAAACAAUUUGUUACCAAUGUAGAUUAGAGACUGGCGUUAGCAACAGAUGAUUGUCUCUAACGAUAAGUUGUUGUUCUUUCUGUUGCAGUGUUCUCUCUGUGCAGAAAGCCUAAAAACCAUUAGUAACAAAUGUACUCAGUGAAUAAAGUGUCACACACAUCCUCACUUUCUUACAUCCUCGUUUUUGUGUUCCGGCAUCUGUCUUUUUGCAUAAUGCUUAUAAUUUUGCCUCUGAUUUUAAAUUAUAAUUACACACCUCUGUCACCAUCAUUGUUUGUUAGUUGAACUUAAAAAUUGACAAGUUUUAUUAUAGUUUCAUAUUUCAAGUGUUUUUAUUUACCAGAUAUUCCUACUGCCACAGAAGCCCUCUCUAAUAUUUGCUUUCAUACCACCCAUAAGCUCAUGCAGAUUCGACUGACAGGUUGCUGUCAUUCUGACUUUGUGUGUGAACUCCAUCCGGUUGACAGUAUCUAUUGGAUUGGUUGGUGUGUUCUGUUGAUUGUAUGUUGUCAAACACAGACGUCUUUGCAUGUCACCUGUUAUAAUUUACAGAAAUCUCAUUGAAAUUCACAGUGCUAAUAUUUUGUAAAUACGACCGGAUGUCUGGAUUUUUUCUUACUUCAGUUUUUGCAUUUAUUUGAGAAAACAAAUGGCGAGAAGGACUGUUAAUAAAUAAAGUGGAAGGGU